GUUUUAUUUUGUCAGUUAAAAGCUAAGAACUUUCACCACGUUUUUUCUUUGUUGGUUAAAUAACAUACUGCCAGGCUCCGUGACUCAAACCCCCAAACCUAAACCCUUGUUUUUACUCAGAUCCUUUUUAUUUUCGAUAACAGUUCAAUAAAAGAAAUCUCAGGUUAUCGGAUUUAAUAGUUAACUUUUGUUUGUAGUUGGGAGAGCUAAACUAUUUAGUUAUAGCUCUCUCAUCCUGCUAUUGUUAUAAUGGCAACAUCCACACACAUGUAUGGAAUCAAGGCCUCUUAUUGCUUUUCAAAACUGACCAAAUCUUUGUGUUCACGGGCGCAAUUUAGUGUUGGCUCGCUUGUUGAAAUGUGCGGAGAGAUGAGGGUUAUGUCUGUAAACAAUGGAAAAGGUACGCGGGUCGUCUGUGAUGCGAGAAAGAAUGAUGUUUUGGUACAAAGUGAACCCAAAAUGCAAGGUUUAGAAGCGACGAGUAACCAAUUAUCGUGUGUGAUGAAAUUUGGUGGAUCAUCGGUAGCGUCUGCAGAUAGGAUGAAAGAAGUAGCUGAGCUUAUUCUCAGCUUUCCGGAAGAGAAUCCCGUGAUUGUUCUGUCUGCUAUGGGCAAAACUACUAACAAACUUAUACUGGCUGGAGAAAAGGCUGCAAGCUGUGUUUCUACUGUGUCUGAGAUCGAGGAGCUGAGUUUCGUGAAAGAACUGCAUAACAGGACAGUGGAUGAGCUUGGAUUAGACAAAUCACUCAUUACAGACCACCUAGAAAAGUUAGAGAGACUUCUGAACGGGAUUGAGGUACUUAAAGAUAUGACUCCACGUGCAAGAGAUUAUCUAGUCUCAUUUGGAGAGUGCAUGUCCACAAGAAUAUUUGCAGCGUACUUGAAUAAGAUCGGUGUCAAGGCUCGCCAAUAUGAUGCAUUUGAUAUUGGUUUUAUAACAACAGAUGACUUUACUAAUGCGGAUAUACUCGAAGCUACUUAUCCAGCUGUGGCAAACAGACUUCAUGGUGAUUGGAUAAGUGAUCCUGCUAUCCCUAUUGUUACUGGCUUCCUUGGAAAGGGUUGGAGAACUUGUGCAGUGACUACAUUGGGCCGAGGUGGUAGUGAUUUGACAGCCACAACCAUUGGUAAAGGAUUGGGCUUGCGAGAAAUUCAGGUUUGGAAAGAUGUGGACGGCGUUUUGACUUGUGACCCUAACAUAUAUCAAGGUGCACAACCUGUGCCAUAUUUAACAUUUGAUGAAGCUGCUGAACUUGCAUAUUUUGGUGCUCAGGUGCUGCAUCCACAGUCUAUGAGGCCUGCAAGAGAAGGUGAUAUACCUGUUAGGGUUAAAAAUUCUUACAACCGUAAAGCUCCAGGUACUCUAAUCACUAAAUCAAGGGAUAUGUCAAAGGCAAUACUGACUAGCAUUGUUUUGAAGCGUAAUGUAACCAUGUUGGACAUUGUUAGUACUCGCAUGCUUGGGCAGUUUGGGUUCCUGGCCAAGGUAUUUUCCACUUUUGAAGAUUUGGGUAUAUCGGUGGAUGUUGUAGCUACUAGUGAAGUUAGCAUUUCCUUGACGCUGGAUCCUUCCAAGUUUUGGAGCCGGGAAUUGAUUCAGCAGGAACUUGAUAAUGUUGUGGAAGAACUUGAAAAAAUUGCUAAAGUGAAUCUCCUACAGCACCGAUCAAUCAUUUCACUGAUUGGGAAUGUUCAGAGGUCAUCACUAAUAUUGGAGAAGGUGUUUCAUGUUCUUCGCAAAAAUGGAGUCAAUGUUCAGAUGAUAUCUCAAGGAGCAUCCAAGGUGAAUAUAUCAUUGAUUGUUAAUGACAGUGAAUCAGAAAAAUGUGUGAAGGCUCUUCAUGAGGCUUUCUUUGAAAGUGAUCUGGCUGACGUAGUCUUUGAAAAUGGUUCACACCACCAAGUAUAGGCUCUAAUAUUGAUUGUUUCAAGUAUCGAAAUUUGUCAGGUUUCUUCUUUUUGGAAUAAUUUAGAUUUGUGAUAUUUUAUGUUAUAGAGGUUAAUGGUCUCAAGUUUCAACCUAUAACUGCUAGUCCGGCAUUUCAAUCCAUGAAAGCUAUGUCUGGAAUUUCUUAAUGAACCAUGCAAUAAAAAAUUUAAAUUUUUUUCUCUA